AUGUUUGAAUGCUGCGACAUCGUUUCCCAGUUCCGUGCCUGCAUCGUCCUUGCCCUGGCCGCCAGCGCCUUUGCCGGACACAUCGGCUCUUAUGGCCUUGGCUUCGCCGCUGCCCCAGCUGUGGCUACCUACCACGCCGUUCCAGCUGUCGCGACUGUUGCACACGCUCCAAUCUCAACUGCGGUGGCCGCUCCAGUGGCCGCGUACGCCACUGCUCCAGUCGUUGCUGCUGCUCCAGCAGUGGCGAAAGUUGCCGCCGCCUACCACGUCCCAGCUGUCGCCACCUACGCAGCUGCUCCAGUAGUUGCCGCCGCUCCUGCUGUGACCAAGGUUGCGGCAACCUACGCCACUGCCCCCGUCAUUGCUGCUGCUACAGCUGUGACAAAGGUUACCACCACACACCACGCCCCAGCUGUCGUCGCUGCCGCCCCAGUCGCCACCUAUCAUGCUGCUCCAGCCGUCACUGCUGUCCACGCCACCCCAGCAGUGGCAGCAGUCGCUCACGCUGCCCCAGCUGUCGCUGCCUACCAUGCUGCCCCAGUCUACGGCUACGGCGUCGGAACGCUUGGCUAUGGCGUUGGCAACUAUGGUUUUGGGCACGGUCCCCUCGCAUACGGUCUGAACUACGGCUACGGCCUCGGCUCUCCAUACCACUACGGUGCUCUCCUCCGCAAGAAGUCCAUGGGUUUCUGCUGCGCUUGA